AUGGCUUCCGUCGGUGCUGUAACCCGUAUUUUGUUGGGAAAACAUGUGGUGAGCAGAGUGGCGGCCACCAAUUCCGGUUCUAUUAAAUUCUAUAGCACUGCACCAGCAUAUGAAAACAUCAAAGUGGAAGUAGUUGGCAGCAAGAAGAAUGUAGGUCUGAUCCAGCUGAACAGGCCUAAGGCCCUGAAUGCCCUGUGCGGCCCACUCUUCGUGGAGCUCGGUCAGGCAGUGAGAGACUUCGACGCUGAUGAAAAGAUCGCUGCUAUUGUCAUUACAGGCAAUGAGAAAGCUUUCGCGGCCGGUGCUGACAUCAAGGAGAUGCAGAACAACACUUUCAGUCACAACACGAAGAAGGGUUUCCUCAAAGACUGGGAGGAUGUCUCUAACUGCGGCAAACCCAUCAUCGCAGCUGUCAAUGGAUUUGCUUUGGGUGGUGGAUGCGAAUUGGCUAUGCUCUGCGAUAUUAUUUACGCUGGCGAGAAGGCCAAAUUCGGGCAGCCAGAGAUCAACAUUGGAACCAUUCCCGGGGCUGGUGGCACCCAACGUUUACCCAGAUACGUUGGCAAGUCCAAGGCAAUGGAAAUUGUUCUCACUGGCAACUUUAUUGACGCUGUCGAAGCCGAAAGAAUGGGUCUCGUGAGCCGUGUGUUCCCAGUCGACAAACUGUUGGAGGAGACAAUCAAAUUGGCUGAGAGGAUUGGUACCCAUUCCCCACUGAUCGUAAAGAUGGCCAAGGCAGCAGUCAACCAAGCUUACGAGACUACCCUUAAGUCAGGCCUACAGUUCGAGAAAGCUUACUUCUAUGGAACCUUUGCUACGGAGGACCGCAAAGAAGGUAUGACGGCGUUCGUCGAGAAGAGACCACCAAACUUCAAGAAUGAAUAA